AUGGAUUCUAUUACAUCAAUCUUUGGAAACUUAACAGUUCAUGAAGAAGAAGAGCAAGAUAUUUGGACUCCUUGCAAUACCGUGUGUGAAGAGGUAACUGAUAACGAGACCUUACAAUUUGCUAUUGGUAUUCUUGCACCUGAAAAAGAGUCUGAACCAUAUAUGAGCGGGAGAACUAUUUUUGGAUAUGAUAAUGCCCGUAAGUUCAUAAAAGUCAAUUCUGUUAAUGGUAAUUUAAAAAACAUUAAAAGAGCCAUAAUAGUUUAUCAUGUUGAAGAUAUUAAGAAUCAACAAAAUGGUGUAACCGAUGAUAAUUUAAGUUCACUUGUAAAAUUCUUGUUUGAAUUCAAAUUGUUCUUUAUGGGUAAAGUUAAAAUAUUAGAAUACAGAUUUUGUUGUGGAACUUGUCAUGAUCAAACUAGUUUAGAUAUUUUACUUUCAUUCAUGCGUUUAUCCAAGGUUUCAUUUAAUAAUAUGGAUUUAACAAAUGUUAAUUUUUUAAAGUUAAGUCACUUUAAUAAGUUGAAUGAUAUUGAAUUCAAUAAUGUUAAAUUUAAACAUUGGUCAGAAUUCACUUUUCCAAGAACAUUAAAACGUUUAACAGUUAUAGUUGCUUCUCCAACUCCAAUCAAAUACAUAUACAUGUUCGGAACACACAUGAUGUAUACUUCUACAACUGUAACUUACAAUGACAAUGAAAUCAAGAAAUUUCCUAUUCCGGAUGGAUUAGAUUAUCUUAAAUUAGAUAUUCCUCAUUUAAAUGAAUCUAUCUUAACCAAAUUGUUAGCACCAAUUUCAAAUUUGAAUGAAUUAAUUAUAACUGGUUCUCAAAUUAAAAAUUUAAUGGGGAAUAUUUUACCACAAAAUUUAUGUCGAUUCACUCUUCAAAAUAGAAUAGCUAACUUUACAUCAGAUAAUCUUUGGCCAAGAAGUUUACUGAGUUUCACAUAUAUUCCUUUAAGUCAACAAUCAAGACUUGAUGCUGUACUUUAA